AUGGAGGUGGAGGUCAAUAAAAUGGAACUGUUCCAGAAAGCUGAUUCUGGUCUGGAUUGCAUUCUGUACAGGCUGGAAUAUAAAAUCAAGAACAAUCAUCCUAAUUCAACUGGCAAGAAAGAUCCAGUUACACUCUGGAAAGAAUUGUCAGCGAUAAAAUCUCAAUAUCGGACUUUGCAUACAUACUUUAAACCAGUUGCUGUUGAACAGAAAGAGAUGAAAGGCCGCAUUUGUAUUACUUUGAACACGACUAUGACCAUGAUACAACAACUGCAAAAGCUAACAGACCUGAAGCUAUCACCACUGACUGAAGAAAAGAAAACUACAGAAAAGCAACUAAAAUCUCAUGUGCCAGACUUGUGA